AUGAGGCACAAUCUGAUUUAUGUUAUGAAAAGAUCAGUUGGGCUGCUGGACGGAGAGUGGAUAGACAGCGGAGCUGGUCGCCUCUCAUUCUGUACGAAGGUGUGCUACGGCAUUGGAGGGGUCCCCAACCAGGUGGCCUCCAGCGCCAUAGCCUUUUACCUGCAACUUUUCCUGCUCGAUGUGGCCCAGAUCCCUGCUGCCCAGGUGUCACUUGUCCUGUUUGGAGGGAAGGUGUCUGGGGCAGCUGCCGACCCUUUGGCUGGGUUCUUCAUCAACAGAAGCAGGAGGACAGGGUCUGGACGACUCAUGCCCUGGGUGCUGGGCUGCACGCCGUUCAUUGCCUUGGCCUCCUUCUUCCUGUGGUUCCUGCCCCCCUUCACCAGCCUGCGUGGCCUCUGGUACACAGCCCUCUACUCCCUGUUCCAGGCCCUGGCAACGUUCUUCCAGGUGCCCUACACGGCACUGACCAUGCUCUUGACCCCCAGCCCCAGGGAGCGGGACUCGGCCACUGUGUACCGGAUGACCUUGGAGAUGGCAGGGACGCUGAUGGGAGCCACUGUCCAUGGACUCAUCGUGUCUGGUGCCCACGGGUCCCACAGGUGCAAGGAGACUGCGCUCCCAGGACAAGUGGCUGUUUCCCCCAAUGCGACUCGUCUCUACUCCAUUGCAGCCACUGUGGUUGCUGUGACUUACCCCGUGUGCAGUAGUUUGCUCUGCCUGGGGGUGAAGGAGCGACCAGAUGCUUCCGCCCGAGCCUCCGGCCAGGGCCUGAGCUUCCUGGCUGGGCUGCGGCUCACAGUGCGGCACCCGCCCUACCUGAAGCUGGUCAUCUCCUUCCUGUUCAUCUCGGCAGCCGUUCAGGUGGAGCAGAGCUACCUGGUCCUGUUCUGUGCACACGCCUCCCGGCUACAUGACCAUGUGCAGAGCCUGGUGCUAACCAUCCUGGUCUCGGCAGUGCUGAGCACCCCGAUGUGGGAGUGGGUUCUGCAGCGAUUUGGGAAGAGGAUGUCGGCCUUCGGGAUCUUUGGGAUGGUGCCAUUUGCAAUCCUGCUGGCUGCUAUGCCCACAGCACCCGUGGCAUACGUCGUGGCCUUUGUAUCUGGCGUGAGCAUUGCCGUGUCCUUGCUGCUACCCUGGUCCAUGCUUCCAGAUGUGGUGGAUGAAUUCCAGCUGCAGCACCAGCACGGCCCAGGGCUGGAGACCAUCUUCUACUCAUCCUAUGUCUUCUUCACCAAGCUUUCAGGUGCAGGCGCCCUGGGCAUCUCCACUCUCAGCCUGGACUUUGCGGGGUAUGAGUCAGGAGCCUGCCGGCAGGCGGAACAGGUAGUGGUGACCCUCAAGGUCCUCAUCGGAGCCAUGCCCACCUGCAUGAUCCUCAUCGGUCUGUGCAUCCUCAUGGUCAGCCCCACUCCAAAGGUGCCCAGUCGGAACAGCUCCCGCUCCCUUGGGAGGAGGACCAGCUACAGCCUCGCUUGAAUUUGAGACUCCUGUGAGCUGGAACGGCCGGAGCAGCGUCUUCUGGGCUCCAAGUCCCCCUUCUCAGCCCUUCAGCACCCCUGCUUCACAGUUUACACACGACCCAUCUUUUCCCCUGGGAUAUGGCAUC